AUGACGGCAGAUUGGCGAAGUCUGGUAACUAUAUCGCUCACCGGGCUGCUGUUCUUCGCCAUCGCCGAGAAAAGUCCGCCCGUCGCCUUGGCGUACAGCAGCUUCAAAAAGAAGCUCACGCCCAUCCCCUUCCCUAACGCGACCAAUCCAGACUCCCCCAAACCGUGGACCUGCGAUAUUUCCUCCGGAAGCUGGACACCUUCCGCGAACCUUCCUCUCUACACCGGGCUGACGUGUCCCUACAUCCGCUCCGGCCACAACUGCCAGAGCGCCGGGCGCUCCGAUAUGAGCUAUCAGAAGCUGCGCUGGCGGCCGUGGGGAUGCAAGGUGGUGCAGCUCACCCCCCAGCGCCUGCUCAAUCUCUUCCGCAACAAGACGGUGGUCGUGUUUGGCGACAGUGUCUCCAAGGACCUCUCCACGUCGCUGCGCUGCAUGCUGCACGCCGGCUCCCCCAACUUCUCGCGAUUCAAGCUCGCAGGAGGGGCGACCCGCGUGUGGGGCGAGAAGGUUGACCCUCAGAACAUCCGCAUCGCGUCGCUCUUCUCCUCGCACCUCAACAACAUCGGGUUCAUCCCCCAUGCAUCCCAACCUCCUGCUGCUGCUGCUGUUGGUGCUAAUCGUGUUGGUGCUGGUGUUGGUGCUAAUGGUGGUGCCAGUGCUGCGUCUUACGCUACUGCUGCGUCUGCUACUGGAAGGGAGGAAGCAGAAUCAGAAGCAGCUAGAGCAGUGGCGACCGAAGCAGCCAUUGCACGAGCCACCACAAUGGCUGCUGCUGCUGCUGCUGCUGCUGAAGCAGGAUCGCCACCGGUAUUAAGAGCAGCAGCAGCAGCAGCAGCAGCGGCAACAUCAGGAGAAGCAGGAGAAUCAUCAGCAACAGCAGCAGCAGCAAGAGCAGCAGGAGGAGCGAGUUCCGGAAACAAACCAGGCAGAGUCUCAACCCAAGCGCAGCAGCAAGCACGGCGAGUAUUCCUCGACCAGAUCGACCCGAAGAUUAAAGACCUCCUCCCGAAAGCCGACAUAGUUAUUUUCCAGGCGACUAAUUGGUGGUACGCGCAAGACAACCAGUGGUUUCUAGGCGGCAGGCAGCAGAAAAUCACCCGAAACGCCGCGUAUGCGAUCGGGCUUGCGAGUUUACGGGACUUUGUGGCUCGGUCGGGGUUUACGGGGAAGGCGGUGGUUAUGGGAGUGUCUCCUUCGCACUAUAUCGUGCCGGUGCCGGGGAUUAAGAUGGGGAAAUGCGACAUUAACACGCGUCUUGACUGGAACCAGACGAAGGAAGUGAGGAGGAUGGACAGCCGGUCGUUUGAAAUGCGAAAGGUGCAGCUGCAGGUACUGAAAGCAUCUCUGUUCUUCCACACCUUCCCGUUCCCUUCCUUUCUCCGCUCCUCCCACCCUUCUCCAUUCAGACGAAGGAAGUGA